AUGUCCGGCUUCAAUUUUGGGUCAAACCAAAACACAUCUUCUGGUGCCUCGAGUGGCAGCCUGUUUGGUACCGCGGGCUCAGGCUCAAGCGGUAGUGGUCUUUUUGGUAGCGGCAACACAGGCAGUAGUGGUUUUUCAUUCGGCCAGAACACGAACAGCUCAACCUCGUCCGGAGGAGGUCUGUUUGGUGGUUCGUCUACAGCAGGUACCACAGCCACACCGAGCGGCGGCUUCUCUUUCGGCGUAAAGCCAGCAGAUACUCCAGCAAGCUCAGGCACAGGCUUCGGUGGCUUUGGCGCAGCUGCAAGUGCACAGAAGAGCGACAGUACAGGCAAUGCCGCCGCUCCUACAUUCUCAUUCGGCACGCCUGCGAAGCCUCCAGCGUCAUCCGGUGCCGGGUCUACCACUCCGGCGCAACCAAGUCUGUUCAGCAAUCCCUCCACAACUCCAGCUGGUCCACCUCCGAGCUCCUCAGGACUAGGCGCCAGCACGGGUGGCAGCAAUCUUUUCGGCAAUCAGAACAAGACAGCAGACAAUGCUGCGAAGCCUUUCAGCGGUUUCAAUUUUGGCAAUGCAGGAAGUACGACACCAGCUGCACCUAGUACGACCACAUCAGCGGCACCGAGCAGUAAUAUUUUCGGCGCUAAACCUGCGACAGCAACCCCAACAGCACCUCUCUUCGGCGCAGCUAAGCCGGCAGAAGCCACAUCAUCUUCGGCAGCACCAGCAUCUCAGGGGUCGUUAUUCAAUCUAGGCGGUACUCCAGCUGCAUCGAACACCAACAAGCCAUUGUUUGGAGCAGCUCCCUCGGAUGGUGGCAACACUACCUCUAACCUCUUUGGAGUUAAACCUGCGGACAGUCAACCGUCUACGCAACAAGCUACACCUGCUCAGUCAACUGGGUCGACAUUAUUCGGCAAUCCUCCGGCCUCUCAGCCAAGUGAGCCCUCAAAGCCAGCCUUCUCUUUCACGGCCCCGUCCGCCCCAUCCUCUUCCUCCUCAGCCAACACUGCAAAGCCUGCCUUCUCAUUCCCUUCCGCCUCUCCGCAACCACCUACUUCAGCAGCAACUAGCGCUUCCGAGGCUCCCAAAUCAAUAUUUGGAGGUUCUGCGGCACCAGCCACCAGCCAACCAAGUACGUCAGGUGGGUUCACACUGGGUGGUGGAUCGGCGCAAACAUCGCAAGCCCCCGCCACCACUGCUGCUGCUGCGCCGUCAUUGGGAGGUUUCAGCUUCGGUCCCCCGAAGACGGCCGCUUCCAAUCCUGCACCGGCCCCAGCAACUUCCACAGCCACAACAGCCGCACCAUCAUUCUCCUUUGGAGGCACCUCGACUACAACCCAACCCGCCGCAUCGCAAACAGCUGCGCCCGCAACCAGCACCAUUGGUGCUCAGUCGACUUCAGGUCCAGCACCCCCUUCCCAGUCUCGGCUUAAGAACAAGACUAUGGACGAAAUACUCACUCGAUGGGCUACCGAUCUGACCAAAUACACCAAAGAAUUCAAGACCCACGCCGAGACACUUGCUCUCUGGGACCAGAAGAUUGUGGAGAACAGCUCCAAGAUCGACAAGCUAUACGUCAAGACCAGAACUUGCGAAAAGCAGACGAUGAGCGUAGAGAUGCAGCUUACUGCCGUUGAGAAUCAGCAGGCAGAGCUAGAGAGCUGGUUAGCGAAAUACGAGGCCGAAGUCGAUGGCAUGCUAGAGAAGGAGAGUGGGAAUCCCGUGGAUGUUGGCGGACCGGAUCAGGAGCGAGAAAAGACCUACAAGCUGGCGGAGAAAUUGUCGGAGCGAUUGGACGAAAUGGGGACAAAUCUGGAGUCUAUGGUUGAAGAGGUCAAUGCUGUCAAUGCCGGGCUUAGCAAGAAUGGCAAGGCUGAUGAGCCGAUCACACAAAUUGUCAAGAUUCUCAACCAGCAUCUCAACCAACUGCAAGCCAUCGACAAUGGUGCAUCAGUCUUGCAAUCAAAGGUGGCAGAGGCACAGAAAGCCGCUCGAGGCGUGGGGUAUUUGAAUGGUCAUCACGGCAAUGGCUCUACAGCGUCCGAUGAUUUCUAUCGCAGCUACAUGGGAAGGCGGUGA